AUGCAACUCAAGUAUCCAACAUUCCCUACGAAAAUGUCCAAUACACAAGCACAAGAGUUGGUGAAUCAUCAUGCAUUUGUGGCGCGUGAUUAUGAAGCGAAUCUGAAAGCCAUCGAAAAUAGGGAUACGUUUGGAGAGAUUGAUCGUAUUAUUCAAUUUCCUUUUACUGCACCCUUAAUUGAGGAAAAGACAGCGGAAGAUUUAGCAAGACAGGCCAUGAAACGAGAGGAAAAUUCAAAGCGGUUACGUGAAGCCGCUGUAAAAUCACGAUUGGAAAAACUGAUUGCGCGUGAAGAACAAAUGGAAGCUUUCACCAACCUGAAAAGUAUCAAGGGUAGUAUCAAAAAAGCAGAGUGGCUGGCUCAAGUGAAAGAGGCUGGAUUUAAGGAUGAAGCGGAUUUGGAUGACACGAUCAAACAGUUAGAUAUCGCCAUUCAACGUGCUCGUAAUAAGGAAUUAGGGAUUGAAGAAACCGAAGAAAAGGAACCUCCUCUCACUACACUUGUGCAUAUUCCCGAUGAUCAAUUGGAUGAGAUAGACAAGAAGGAAAAACGUAAACAAAAGUUACUGAAGGCUAGUUAUGAUGCCCGUCAGCGUGCUAAAAAAGCCAAGGAAGAAGCCAAAAAACGCGAUAUCGAAUUAGCUCGAAUUGAGGAACAAAAACGCCUGGAUGAUCCUGUCAGUUGGAUAGGUGAAAUCAAACAAAAACGUCAACACGUCAUUGAUCGUUUAAGGCAACGCAAACGAUUGGCUUCCGAAUUAGCUGAUCGUCGAUCCCGUGCAUCUCAACUUCGCAUGAAAUCUAUUGCCAACUUGGCAAGUGAUGCUCCUGCUUCUAAACGUAGAAGAAAGGGUAAUGAUGAGGAUACAUUUGGUCAAGACGACGAUGAUUGGGCCAUCUACCGUGAAAUCAGCCGUGAUGAUGAGUCGGAUGAAGAGGAAGAAGAUAUGUCCGAAUUAAACCAAUACGAAACAUUAUUACUCCAAUACGAUCCCGACUUUUUACCCGAACACUCAUACGAAUCCAUGACUUCUCCUACCAAUACAUUAAUGCACAUUUUGGCUCGUGGUAUCUACCCACCUUACGACCCCACAGAUAUAGAACAAAGCUACCAAUUACAUGUGAAUGUCGAACGUGCACGUGUUCCCGAAGUACUUUUCCAGCCUAGCAUCAUUGGCCUUGAUCAGGCUGGUCUGGUAGAGACCGUGCAUGAUAUUGUUCGUACAUUUGACACAACACAACGAGAGAAAUUGAUGGGCAAUAUCUUCCUGACAGGUGGCUUUAGUCAGUUACCCGGAUUGUCCGAGCGUUUACAUACAUCGCUUCAGGGUAUCUAUCCUGUUCAUACCAAAAUUAACGUCAAGAGAGCCAAGGAUCCUGUCUUGGAUGCGUGGAAGGGUGCUGCCAUGUUUGCUCAGGAUCAAACCAAAGAACAGUACUUUGUCACAAAGAGGGAGUAUGAAGAGUAUGGUUCGGAUUAUAUCAAGGAACAUGGAUUAGGAAAUAUCAUUCAAAAAUAA